GAUUGGUCGGUAAAGUUUCUUGUCCGGUUACGGCGAGACUCUGGUCUGACUUUAAACGGCGUCCCCCACAUUCAUCGGGGAACUCGGGCAGGUCUCCGGACUCGGGUUUCAGGGGUCCACAACUACUGCGCGCGACCGGCUCUUUACUUGAAACCUCAAACGUUCAAAGUUUUUUCUCCGCCGCGGGAAAGAAGAUGGCGGACGACGAGCAGCAGGUUUCUAGUACGGUUCUGUUAAACGAGCAGGUCCACCAUUAUCAGCCCGAACCGGAGUCGGAGCAGGCCGGGCCUGACAUCUUCAGCGCGGAUGACAUCGUGGAUCUGGUCGGCGGAGCUCGGGACGCCCUGGAGCGACACUUGGCGGAAGAAGACAAACCCCCCGGCGAGUUUUCAGAAGAACCCGUCACUUCAUUAGACCCGGAGCCUGAGCAGCCACAGCCGGCGGCACCUAUUGUGUCGGAGAGCUCGAGGCUGGAAGCGGAGCCUGAAGCGGCUCGUGCGCGCGCCGCCCUCCCCGCGGCUGAAGCCCGGACAGAAGCCCCCGCCUCCCCCCCUGCAGAAGCCAGACCAGCGGAGACGGCGGAACCAGCGGCUCCGGUUUUGGGUACAUUUUCUCCUUCUGCUCCUUCACCUUCUCUGAUGAAUUUCUCCACAGCUCCUGGGCAGGUGGGACUCCCCCCUGCCCCAGUCUCCCCUCUCUCCCCCCUUCACUCCCCCGACUCUCUGGAGGACCUCUCUCUCACCGAAAGUCCAAACCAGCCCCAGCCGCCUUCGUUCGGACACGCUGGUCUCUCAUGGGAGGGAGAAACUGGACUCAGCCCAAAACAGGAUCCUCUCGCGGCUCCGUACCUCAGUCUGGGUCAAGAUACUGCUGUGCACAAUCCAUGUGAAGACAGCGGCAUCUCCUUCUCUCCUGACGAGAACCUGGCCAGCUCCGCCCGCUCCUCCUCUGUGGUAGCUCCCCAGUCCCUCACCAAGUCUGCCGACCGGUGGGAUCUGCCUUCGGAUUUCACGCCUGACCUGCAAGAACCGGAGGAAGAAGAGGUUCAAAAUAACAACCCAUUCGAUGGCUUCUCCCCACUGGCAGACUCUGGGUACUCCAAUUUUGGAGUCACCACUACAAAUGUGGCAUCAGACAGUCCAGACCUGGUCCAGUCACAACAGAACCGUGAGCCAGAGGAAGCGGAUCAAACCCCCAAGGGUUCUGAGCUUCGUCGAGGUUCUCUUCCAGAUGAUGAUGAUGAUGAAGAUGAUGAUGAAGACGAUGAUUUGCGACCUUCACUCCCGGACAUCCUGAAGUCUUCUCCUCUCAACCCAGACAAGCUGGACUCUGGUUCCUCUGAGGGCAGCCCAGAGGAGCAGAGUCCUGUCUUGGAGCGCCGCAUGAUGGAGUCCCCAAACCCUCCCAUUAAUCUCUCAAUUAAUCCCUUCAUGUUUGAGUCCAAAGUGUCUCUGCUGAAGGAGAUGACUGAGGAGAUGGAGGGCAAGGCCAGCAUCCAGGAACCAGCCUCCAAGGACCCGCCUCCAACUGAAGUCCAGGAGCAACUCAAGUCUGUCCAGGAGGACUGGUUCUCUAGUCAGCAGAAGGCUGAAUCUCCUGGUGUGCCGAGGAAACUGGCUGAAGAGUCCGACUCAGAGUCGCCGAGUGCUGACUCGUUGUCCCCUGUUCUGGAGGCCAUGGCUAAAAACCCAGCCUGUUUUCAAAUGGACCAGGAGGACACGCUCCCGAAGGUCUCAGAGGAGACGAGCCUGAAGAACAGGAUGCAGGAUGAAGCCGAGGUGGCCGACGAAGCAUCGGAGCACGAGGUCUCCUCUGAAGAGUUUGAGUUCAUCGAGAGGCCACCCAAGGGGGUUCUGGAUGAAUUUCUGGAGGCUCUGGACUCGCCCAAGAACACAGAGGUUUCCAGCAGAGCGGCCGAGCCCUCUCUCUCAGUGGCAGCUCAGAGGGACGAGACCUCCUACCUUCUCCUCAGCCAGAGUGCCGUGCCAUUAAAAAGCAAGGUGGACCUGGACUCGCAGGCUCCCUGUGACCCACCUCCCGCCCCAGUCCUCUCCUCUGCUCCUCAUCUUGCCCCCACUGCUGGCGUCAAAGCAGAACUGCAGAGGAACAAUGGGGAGGCUGGAACCAAGGGCCAGCGGCCCAGUGUUAAAGCAGUGGUGGACCUCUUGUACUGGCGGGAUGUGCGCACGUCCGGCUGGGUCUUCGGAGCGCUUCUCCUGGUCCUGCUGUCUCUGACGGCCUGCAGCAUCAUCAGUGUGGUCUCCUACGUGGGUCUGGCCCUGCUGUCCGUCACCAUCUGCUUCCGUGUCUACAAGGGAGUUCUGCAGGCGGUCCACAAGUCUGACGAGGGCCACCCGUUCAGGCAGUACAUCGACCAAGAGGUGGCGCUGUCCGAGGAGCUGGUCCACCGCUACAGUGAUGCCCUGCUGACUCAUCUGAACCAUGGCAUCCUGGAGCUGAGACGGCUCUUUCUGGUCCAGGAUCUGGUGGACUCCCUGAAGGCUGCGCUGAUUCUGUGGAUCCUGACCUACGUGGGCUCGUGGUUCAACGGACUCACUCUGGGAAUUCUGGGUGUGAUGGCGGCGUUCAGCUUCCCGGUCGUCUAUGAGAAACACCAGGCUCAAAUCGACCACUAUGUGGCGCUGGUCAACAAUCACGUCCAGGAUGUUGUUGCGAAGAUCCAGGCUGCAGUGCCUGGGCUGAAGCGUAAAGCUGAAUAGAACGUGUGCGAGGAGGAUCCUAAAGGGAGGAGGAGGAGUCUGGAGAGAGAAGCUGCUCUUCCAAUUUUGUGGAAAAAAUGAAUAAAUAAAGCAUUUUUUUUUUUGGUUUAAAAGUUUCUGUGACCUUUGACCUUUCCAAAGUGCGGCCCGUCGAAGUGGGAGCAGGGUCUGUUCAGUCGGAUGCCAGUUUCUUCAUCAUGGUUGUGAUAGCAACGCCAUCAGAGAAAUCCAGUUAGCAACUCUUCUGUUUGUGAUGCUUCUGUAACCGUGACGAUAGUGUUUGUGGAGAUGUAAACAAUAUACAAUAAAGCUUGUAUUCAAAGUCC